AUGCAUCUCACUCCCAUGGGGGGGGGGGGCCAGGGAGUGGGAAUCCACUGCCGGGCAUGUGGCCUGCUGAGUGGGCUUGUGGCUGCUCUUGGCAACGUCCGCCGCGAUGCUGGGCCAGGCCUGCCGACCAACUUUGGUGAUGAUUCGAGUGUGGAGUGGGCUUCUAUCAACCGUGCAUCCAUCACAGGGACAAACAUCAACUUGGUGACCGGGGACUGGCGAUUGACAAGACAGUAG